UCCUUAUUCAGCUUACAUCUGAAAUCAUCAUGAGCCAGAAUCUUUCCCCCGCAGCCCAGGAGGAUGGCCCUUUCACCGUGACUAUCAACUCAAUCCCUAAACUGAAACAAUUACUACGAGAUCUUGAUGGCCUUCCCAACAACCCACCCUCAAUUUACCUUGAUACAUCAGUUGUCGGCCAAAAUCAGUCGGCCGGCCUGCAGCUGUUGGUCCUGCCAACUAACACGCUCUACUUCGUCAACUUAAAACGACUUGGCACCUCUGCUGUAUCUACUGUCGGUGACAACGAUGCAUCUCUCCGCAGCAUUCUUGAGUCGAAGACCAUUAAUAAAGUUGGGUUCGACGUUCAUCACAUGUCUAGAUUCUUGGUUCAUCAGUUGAAUGUCUCGCUUGGUGGUAUGUGGGAUAUUCAGCUCCUGGAGCUAGCCAGCAGAGACGACGGCCAGUCAAAAAAGUUUCUAGCGGGAUUUACAAAAUGCAUCGAACAGUUUCCGAGCUCAAAUAGCGCCAAGGCUCGCUGGCUGAAACCAGAUGACUCAACCAACUUGCACCUCGUUAACUCUCUGGGCCAUAUCCCCCGACAAAGCAUGAAACGAGUUGAGAUGUUUCCAGCUCUAUGGUCUAUCUACAGGCGGAGGCUAGGUACACCUAACGAUAUGGUCUGGCUUUACUUCGCGAGACAGGAGUCUCAGCAGAGAGCACAGGACUCAAAAGACGGUAUAGGAAUACACAAAAGGCAGCAUUUGGGACCGGAGAUUUGGUGGGAUUAUGAACUAAGACAGGCUGCUAUUAACGCUUAGAAUGAUUUCAUUCUUGACGACGUGGUAUUUGGAGACUUUAAACUGAAUGAGGAUGCUGAUUUUGUAUUAAAAUGAAAAAUAUCUC